UCGUUCAUCUGCAGAGAGAGAGAGAGAGAGAGAGAGAGCGCGCGCGAGAGGGAGGAGGACGCCGACGACCAGACCAACCCCACCACCACGUCCGCCACCGGCGAACACCACCACCACCGGCCACCUUCCCUCCACCGAACGCCACCACCACCAGUGGCGAUUUUCGCCUUCGCGACUUCCGACGCGACCACGCACAGCCAAGGUCUCUCUCUCUGUUCGUUGCUUUGUUCAUCUUUCUCUGUUAUUUUUUGUUUGUUGAUUUCUAUAAUGGUUUCCCGGGAUUGUGCCCAGGUCGAGCCUGAUUUCAAUUGAAAGUUAGGGUUUUAGUUCCUUUGCUUUUCCUUAUUUCGUUUCUGCUUGGAAUUGAAACAUAAGAUUUUUGAUAUGUUCAGUUUUUGCGUGAAUCUGUUAACUAUAUGGUAAAUAUGUGAAACCAAAAGCUUAAUCUGUUAGAGUUUUGCAAGAUUCCAUUUUUGUGUAGAUUGUGUAAUUUUCAAUGUCAGUCGUGAAAGUUAAAAUUCAUAGGACUUGUAGGCCAGGUUGAAUUGCUUGGAGUCAUAUAAUGAGGAGAUAUGUGUCUCACUGGACUAAUAGUGAGUGGAUUGGCAAUACUUCAUUCCCAAGGUGUUGUUUUCUUCAUAUUUGCGGGACUGGUUGCAAAACAGUUAUGUGAUUCCUCCACCAGUUGUUGCAUUCAGACGUCAGAAAUGCAGUGGCUUGUAGUCCUGCCCCAUGCUUAAUCCGAUCGAACAGGCCCCUAUGACAUUAAAGUUGGCCUUUCAUGUUGCAUUAGACAAAUUCCAUUCAGAGUGCAUUUUGACUAAUAUUGCUGGUGAAGCCAGAAGAACGAUUACAGGCGCACAUCCACAUAAAAGAAUGAUUACAGAAACAAACUACACUUGUUAUUUGUCCAUACUUCCAGUUCACUGUAUGUUUUCAUGUGCUGGAAUUGGCCGGAAACGCGGCAAGGGACAAUAAGAAAGGACUGUUAUCCACCCUUGGAUCUCCUCAUUUAUGUGGUGGCAGCCCCAUAUCAAAAGCCUCACACGAUUCACAGAGAAAUACUCGUAGUGGAUCUGGAUCCGGUUGGCCCCAAACGGUGUUGCUAUUUUGGGCUGCAAUUUGCAGCGAAGACACCUCACUGCAGGGACACCUGGCCUUCACAAAUUCCAGCCCGCUUCUGGAGAUCGUUCGAUCAUCGAUGGAUUCCGUCUGCCAAUUUGAAAAAAACCUGUAGAUUCUCAUAGACGUGCUCGAGCGUGAACAAAACCCUAGGACGACCAUGUGAUCUCUCUCUCUCUCUCUCCCCAAAUCUGGAUGCAUUAAAGUCCAAAGAGUACCUGCGUAUUACGUCUGCGUAUAUACGCUGAUACAUAGGUACUCUCCUUUCCUCUUCCCUUCCCUCCCCCCCCACCCACCCCACCCCACCCCACCCACUUAUACCAUAGCUUUUUCCUGUGACCUAAUACUAGUAGUUUCUCUGUAAACAAACCAACCAAACACAUCAGCUUUAGGGCGUGGACAUGGCGAGUUCUCGCCCCUGUACGAGCUGCGGCAUGAGAUCUCUCGCCGACGACAACGAUGGCAACUCCUUCUGUGCCUCGUGCGGCGCCGUCCAGGACUUUGACAACUUCCAGCACAGCUUGGGCGGGAUCAGUGGCCCCACUGGCACCUUUGUCCACACCGGCACCGCCGGCUCUGGCAGCACCUUUAACUACAAAGAGACCAAAAUAUAUUACGCCAAACAAAACAUCGAACGCAUCACCUCGUUAUUCGACUUUUCGCCCUCGAAGAAAGACGAGGUCAGGGUUAUGGUAGAGACUGUUACCGAGGGGGAGUACGGGCAGGGGGAUUGGUUUCCGGUUCUCAUAGGCGCGUGCGCGUACGUUGUGAUGAGAAGAGAUAACAAGUCGUUGGCCCUGGUGGAGGUCGGGGAUAAGGUAGGUUGCGAUGUUCACGAGCUGGGUCGGAUGGUUAGUCGGGUUGUUCAGUUUAUGCGGUUGAAGUUGCCGGAGUUUGACAUCGUGGAUUCAUUUCAACGGGCAGUCCGGACUUGUUUUGUUUCGUUGGAUAAUGUGGAUAAGGUUGGGAGGAUGUUGAAGCAGGGGAUUUUCUUGGUCCAGUGUAUGGUGAAGUGGUACUUGACCACGGGGCGGAGACCGCUUCCGGUGGUCGUGGCUGUGUUGGUUUUCGUUGCUCAGUUGAAUGCAGUCGAUGUUCGGAUUGAGGAUGUGGCGAUGGAGUUACAUGUGGCGGUUGUUACGUGCAAGCUGCGGUAUAAGGAGCUUUUAGAGAAUCUGGUGAAGGUUGCACAAGUAUUGCCUUGGGGAAAAGAUAUUACAGUUAAGAACAUUGUUAAGAAUGCACUGUUUGUGUUGGAAUACAUGGAAUUGAAGUCAAUGUCUAAGCAUGGCAAGAAGAGGAAGGUUGUAGAUCAUGUUGGGUUUGAUAUGGAUGAUUUGGUUGGAAGCUGUUUGAGCGAAGAAGCAGAAUAUGGGCUUCAUAAUCAUGGGGUGGAAAACGAUUCUCAAUAUUUCAAGGUGCAAGAUAAGCGUUCUUCCCUGAGAGGGACUAGAGACGAUUUGGAGACGCUCAAGAUAUCACAUGAGUGCUUGUCAAUGAUGUAUUCAGAAUAUUCAAAUGAAAUUUCUAAUACCGAUUAUCUUGAAGAGUGUGGAUGUAAAAAUAGAAGGAAAAAAGGGAGAGGGUUCGAUCUUUUAGAUUGUAGGGAGUGGUGGAAAGGAAAGUCAGAACUGAGCAGAAAGCUUUUGCUCAGGAAAAUACUGGAAAAAGACGUGGGAUUAGUUGCAAUGCCACCAUCUUUUGUUGCUGGAUGCUUGGCAUAUCAGAGGAGGAGAGAGAAGAUAAAGGCUGCUAAGCUACGUAUUAAUAAGAUUAUGGGCCCGCAAAAUGGUGAUUCAGGUGACAAUGGUAACCUUUGCAUAUCAGACGGCGUGAAUGUUGGAAAGAAGCGAAGAAGGAGAAUGAAGGUUUAUGUUGAUUGGGAAGACUUAAUUAUUGAGACCCUUCUCCUUCAUCAGGUGCACGAGGAGGAAAUAGAGAAGGGGCAUUACAAUACCUUACUGGAUUUGUAUGUAUUUAAUUCUGGGAGUAUGUGAUAGGCUUCAGCAUGGAGUAAAAGUAGCAAGAAUUUACUAAACCGCAUCGGUCACCUCACAAAUUGGAGACAUUUUUCUGUAGAUAAUUUUUGUGUGCUCUAUCCUGCAAAAUGACAGUCAAUUUUGGUUACUCGUUUCUGUAAAUUUCUGGAUGGGAACCUAUUUUUGGUUAUAGAAGUGGUACUUUCCUAUUUAUAUAAAAAUUGAAUUUGUUC